CCGCCGUCUUGGCCGCUCCGCCAAUGGCGUCGCUCGGUGUUGCGGCAAGAUGGCGGCGCCCAGGAGCUCGUCGCAGAGCCGGGGUGGGAGUGAGGUCGUGGUGGGGUGAGGCGGCGGGGCGUGGGCUGCCAUGCUGCGCGUUUCUCUCCGCCAGAUCUCAGCAGCGCUAAAGGAAGGACAGGUCACCCCCACAGAGCUCUGCCAGAGGUGCCUCGCUGUCAUCAGAAGCACCCAGUUUCUCAAUGCCUACAUUACGGUAGCGGAAGAAACUGCGUUAAAGCAGGCUGAGGAGUCGGAGAAAAGAUACCGAAGAGGUCAGCCACUGGGAGAACUGGAUGGAAUUCCCAUUGCAGUGAAGGACAACUUUAAUACAGCUGGCAUUGAGACAACAUGUGCAUCAAACAUGCUAAAAGGUUAUAUUUCUCCUUACAAUGCUACAGUGGUUCAGAAAUUACUGGAUCAGGGAGCUGUGCUUUUAGGAAAAACAAACCUGGAUGAAUUUGCAAUGGGAUCUGGGAGUACAGAUGGGGUAUUUGGACCAGUCAGAAAUCCUUGGAGUUAUUCAAGACAGUACAAGGAAAAAUUUGUACCAAAAUCUGAUUCUGAGCGUGAAAACUCUAACUGGGUAAUAACAGGAGGGAGCUCAGGAGGCAGUGCAGCUGCUGUAUCGGCUUUCACGUGUUUUGCAGCUUUAGGGUCAGACACAGGAGGAUCUACCAGAAACCCUGCUGCUCACUGUGGUGUAGUAGGUUUAAAGCCAACAUAUGGACUGAUCUCUCGCCAUGGUCUCAUUCCCCUAGUGAACUCCAUGGAUGUGCCAGGAAUCCUAACCAGAUGCGUGGAUGAUGCAGCAGUUGUGCUAGGUUCACUUGCUGGACAUGAUCCUAAAGACUCUACCACGGUUCAGGACAUCUUUCAGCCAUUUGCACUGCCAAGUUUGACUGAUGUCAGCAAGCUCUCCAUAGGGAUUCCUAAGGAGUACCAUGUACCAGGGCUUUCUGGUGAAAUUCUGGCUGCUUGGUCCAAGGCUGCUGACCUCUUUAAGAAUGCAGGUGCUAAAGUAAUUGAAGUGAGUUUACCACACACCCGUUACUCAAUUGUCUGCUAUCAUGUGCUCUGCACAGCAGAAGUGGCAUCAAAUAUGGCCAGGUUUGACGGAUUGGAAUACGGACAUCGUUCUAACGUGAACAAGUCCACAGAAAGCAUGUAUGCUGCAACACGACGAGAAGGAUUUAGUGAUGCUGUAAGAGGAAGAAUUCUAUCAGGAAACUAUUUCUUGUUGAAACAGAAUUAUGAGGAUUACUUUGUCAAGGCACAGAAAGUCAGACGUCUCAUUGCCAAUGACUUUGUGAAGGUUUUUGGAAGCGGUAUUGAUAUUUUACUCACUCCUACCACUCUGAGCGAUGCAGUCCCAUAUAUGGAAUUCAUCAAAGAAGACAACAGAACCCGCAGCACGCAAGAUGACAUCCUAACACAGGCUGCAAACAUGGCUGGAUUGCCAGCCGUAAAUGUUCCGACAGCUCUUUCAGGAAGAGGCUUGCCAAUUGGGCUUCAGUUCAUUGGCCGUUCAUUCCAAGAGAAGCAGCUGCUCACAGUAGCCAAAUGGUUUGAAAAACAAGUACAAUUCCCAAUGAUUCAGCUAGAAGAAGUGAAGAAACGUGAUGAUGGUGUCCUUCAGCAUCAGAAAUCUGCUUCUUUUUUGUAAUAUGAGAUUUGCUGGUCAGUGAAAGCAAGACAGUUGUUGGGAUAGUUUAAAAAUGUACUUCUGCAGGAAAAAAAUCCCAUUUAAGAAGACUUUAUGAAGUAAUGCAGGAUGGAAUGAGAGCCUGUUACUGUGUAAUUAAGGCAAAGCAAAUCAUUAAGUAAACACGUAUAUCUUACUAAGAGCCACUUCUUACUGAUAUUAAAAACACCAGAUUGAAGAUAUUUAUCUUACAUCUGUGGAGCUGCUUUUUUCCAUCCCCAGAGGGCAUGUAAGGUAUCUGGCUCAUUAAAAAACUAACCUGAAUUUUCAUGUGAAAAUUGCAUGGUUGCCAGAGAGCUUGGUUUCUCUCUGGAACGUAGACUUUAGUAAUGGAAACAACCACACAGGCUGUAAUGGAACAAAGUUAUUGAGGGUCCAUUUGCCAACAAGUAAAUACAAAUGAAAUUAAGAAAACAGCAUAUAGAUAGUUGAUUUUAAAAGCAAACAAACAACCUCAUCCUCCUAGCAAACUCAUAGCAGGAGAUGAAGUACCUUCUACGUAUACAAAUCUUGCCGAUCUCUGGUUACAUCCAUCAUCAGAAGGAUGAAUUCCAGACUUCUUCGGGGGAAAGAUGCUGAUUAAUCCUUUUCUUUCUUCAUUGUAAUUCUCUAUAAUCAGUGGUUAAUUUCUUAAUGUUCAUUUUCUUUUCUGCAGUGUAACUCUCCAUACAAGUAAUACCAUCUAUUCCUUCUUGGAAACUUAUUCAGAACAAAAGUAGUUCGAAAUAAAUUUCCCAACCAUAAUGUUAGUACACUAGAAGACAUAACUAAACAACUGAGAAGCUGUUGUAGUUUCCAUUUUUCUAAAGCUGGAAAAAGUACGGAGUUUUAAGUUUGUAGAUUUGAUUUUGCAUCAAGUUUGUUUUCAGUUACAGUUUACAGCUUGCAAAGACAUAAGGAGCGUAGGGUGAGGGAAAACUAUUGUGAUACAAUAACAUAUAGAAUCUUCCUGAAUACUUCCUGUCUUAGACCAUACUGUCACCUGGAAAAAAAAAAUCAUCAUUUCUAAAAAUCACAAAUGAGGAAUUUCCCACAGCCUAAUGUCAACUAUACCAAUAGCUUUCUCCCGCAAUUAAGUGCUGCACAAUUAAUUUUAUUUUGUUUUUGUAAAUGUCAUAAAACAAGGUACACCUUGUUUUAGUCUGGUGCUGUAUUCUUGUCAUAAAACAGUCUUCAAGGUACUUGGUUAUGCUGUUAGUGGGUGGUGAUAAAUGGUGGUCCCAAAAGACUACUUUACUUUAACUACUGUCUUGUUAUGCUCGAAUCAUACUGUCACUGUGUGUGCCUUGUGCUCUAGCUGCCUUCAAGCCAGAGCUGUCAGCGUGAUUAUCCACAAUCCAACUUGUAAUCCCUACUUUUUGAUUUACAGUCAAGUCCUAUGUCCAUAUCUCCCACCUGCUUAGUGGUUCUUCAAGUAAGGAUCAAUGUCUUCUGAUGAGAGAGAGAGACAAAAUCCUGUGGAGGCUGUGGAGAGCGUUCCUUGGGCAUAAAGGGCAUUAGAGUACUAUGGAAGAGAACAAGCAAAUAGAAGAGUGCACAGAAAUUAGUUCUGGACUGACUGCCUGCCCAGAGGAAGGUGUUGACUUAUGCUAGACAAUUUUUCUCUUUAGACUUCCUCUACUGUUAAGACAAAUCUGAUGGAAAAACUGGAUCAAGGCACGUUUGCCAAGCAGGGGGUAGGUGAGGGGAAACUGGUCUCAUACCUGCACUGCUCCUUUUUAAAGCAGAAUACUAAAUCGAGUUUCCAGUAUCCUCCAAAUGAGCAUUCAGAUUAUCAAGGCAACUGGUUGUUCUGACACAAGUCCUUCAGAAUUUCUUCUGUUAAUAGAUUCUGAAGUAGAGUACAAAGUAGACAGACACUGUCCUCCAGCCCUGAAUAGCAUGACGUUUAUAACUUUGUUAGUGAUUGAGACCCACCUUUGAAUUAGAUGAUGUUAAGAUUUGGAAACAAAACUUUAGGUUAGAUUGGUAAGUUUCUGGGUCACUAGGUUGAAAGCAGCCCUGACAAGGCUUCUGUCCUCCUCUUCCUCCCUGCUCUUUUGUGUUUUUUGGGGACCAUGUACCAGAUGCUUCCCUAAUACUGAAAUUUCACCAAGCUAGAGGUUAGAGCUUAAGAACCAGUAUGGCUGAGCAACUUCAGGAUGUAAGCAAGAGUACAUGGUAUCUAAGGGAGUUUUGCAGUCCCCGUGUUAUAAAACUCUCUUAUAGUUAAUUCUGGGCCCUUCAGCAGUUCCUGAAGUAGCUUGACUACACAGCCUAACUCAGAUGAUAGAGAGUUUGCAAGUGGUAUCUCUGACCAGAUCUUUGUGCAGCUGCUACUAGUGCCAAGUCAUGGCUCCAGAAUUUUAAACAGCAGAAGUUUCUGUGAUGGAUUACUAAAAGCUCAAAAACCCUUCUUAGAGAAGCAGAGCAAUUUCAGAACACAAGACAGUAAGUCUAGGGGAAAAAAAGGAAAAAAAAAAAAAAGCUUAUAUGAACAUUUUGUACAGUUGUCUUGAAAAACAAUUUGCUGAAAUAAUAGAGUUGAAACUUUUAUGGCAUUGUAGCACGGCCACAGCAGGUGGCUAGGUGUAACCCUAUCACACAGGCAGCCCUGAUUUGUAGCUAGAGGAUAAUUCCAGUGUGUCCCGAAGAAACAAUAGCUAGAGCAUUAACAAACAAGCAAUCUGCUCAAACAGUUGGGGGUGCUAAAUCUUUUCUCCAGGCAAUGAGAAACUGUAAGGGUAUUAUGUAAUGGAGAAGUUAUUUUCAACAGAAAAUAAAGACCUUUUGCUGUAA